UGGCAUUUUAACACCGAGGGCACAUCUGGAAGAGACUGGAUAUACAGCACACGAUUCUGACCGAAAUGGAGUUGGAGCAUUUUGACGAGCGCAACAGAGGUCGAAGGUCGAGGCGAGGGCUACCUCCAAGUCCAGCACACAGUGCCCACUGCAGCCUUGGCCGUGUUCGCACCCUCCAGGCACUCAGCUCAGAGAAGAAGGCCAAGAAGGUGCGCUUCUACCGCAACGGCGACCGGCACUUUAAAGGCAUCGUGUACGCCAUCUCCCGGGACAGGUUCAGGUCCUUCGACGCCCUUCUCGCUGACCUCACACGCUCUCUGUGUGACAGCGUCAACCUUCCACAUGGGGUUCGAACCAUACACACAGUCGAUGGGUCUGUAAGAAUCACCAGCAUGGAGCAGCUGGAGGAAGGUGAGAGCUACGUAUGUGGAUCUAUCGAACCUUUUAAGAAACUAGACUACACCAAGAAUGUCAAUCCCAACUGGUCAGUCAAUGUGAAGACCACUGCAUCUUCUCGCAUACCUACCUCAUUGGGCAGUGCUAAGGCCAGCGCACUGGAUACCAGGGAGUACAAAGAUUUUAUUCGGCCCAAGCUGGUGACCAUCGUCAGGAGCGGAGUGAAGCCUCGUAAAGCUGUCCGUAUUCUCCUCAACAAGAAAACAGCUCACACAUUCGAGCAGGUUCUCAGCGACGUCACGGAGGCCAUCAAGCUCGACACCGGAGCCGUCAAAAGACUAUACACGGUGGAUGGCAAACUGGUGUCGUGUCUUCAGGACUUUUUUGGUGAGGAUGAUAUAUUCAUCGCUUGUGGACCAGAAAAGUUUCGUUAUCAGGAUGAUUUUCUACUGGAUGAAAACGAAUGCAGGAUGACCAAAUCAAAUUCUUAUGGUCGGCUCUCAACGUGGCAGGGUCGCUGCUCUCCUCGCAGUGGAGCUUCACACAGAAGCAAGUCGCCUGUUUCCAACAGCUCAGCUAAUGGAACAGCAGGAAGUCAGUUAUCCACUCCCCGCUCAUGUAAAUCCCCGAGCCCAUCUUCCACCAGCCCAGCCAGCCUACGGAGAAGACGGAGUUCUCAGCAUAGCAGCUCAUCACUGUCUCUGGCCUCGACCAAAGUGUGCAGUUCCAUGGAUGAGGGUGAUGGUCCUGCCAGUGAAGCUGAGGGGGUGGAGGAAGGUCCUCAGGUUCCUGCGUCUAUAGCAGAAAGGUACAAGGUGGGAAGGAUGAUUGGAGAUGGAAACUUCGCAGUAGUGAGGGAGUGUGUAGAGAGAUCCACCGGCAGAGAGUACGCUCUCAAAAUCAUCAACAAGAGCAAAUGCAGAGGCAAGGAGCAUAUGAUCCAGAAUGAAGUUUCAAUUUUAAGGAGGGUAAAACACCCCAACAUCGUUCUGCUUAUUGAGGAGAUGGACACCUACAGUGAGCUCUACCUGGUCAUGGAAUUGGUCAAGGGUGGUGACCUCUUUGAUGCCAUCACAUCCACCAAUAAAUACACAGAGCGGGAUGCUAGUGGUAUGCUAUAUAACCUUGCCAGUGCCAUCAAGUACCUGCACACCCUCAACGUUGUGCACCGAGACAUCAAACCCGAGAAUCUGCUGGUCUACGAGCAUCAUGAUGGCAGUAAAUCUUUAAAGCUGGGUGAUUUUGGUUUGGCCACGGUGGUAGACGGGCCGCUGUACACCGUAUGUGGCACCCCGACAUAUGUAGCACCAGAAAUCAUUGCGGAGAGGGGUUAUGGCCUUAAGGUUGAUAUCUGGGCAGCUGGUGUCAUCACGUACAUCCUGCUCUGUGGAUUUCCACCGUUCCGUGGGAGCAGUGAAGAUCAGGAAGUGCUGUUUGACCAGAUUCUUACAGGACAGCUGGAUUUUCCUCUUCCAUACUGGGAAAAUGUGUCAGACACUGCUAAGGAGCUCAUUACGUGUAUGCUACAGGUGGAAGUUGACCAGAGAUACACAGCUCUGCAGGUGUUGGACCAUCCGUGGGUCAAUGAUGAUGGCUUGUCGGAGAAUGAUCACCAGUUGUCUGUAGCUGGAAAGCUAAAGAAGCACUUUAAUACCGGUCCUAAAGCCAGCAGCACAGCGCCCGGUGUCUCUGUUAUAACAACCACCGCUCUUGAUAAGGAGAGGCAGGUUUUCAGACGAAGACGCCACCAGGAUGUGAAGCUGACCACCACUUGUUCCCCAAACAGAAGCUUCUUGACUAACCCCACAGCGAGCCCCAGCCUCUCCCCUGCUGAGUUCACCUCAGAGUCGGAGGACCUGUCGCCCAGCUCUGCAGACACCGUACGCUCACCAACCUCACCAUUCUAACCAACCAGUGUCAAAGAAGCAAGGAGAUCUGGAGUGGUUUAUGACCUGAGAUUAAGAAAUAAACUCCAG